GUACCAUUCUGAGUAGCACGCGGGGUGACCAAAAACAAAAAAAGCUUAUUAAAGCUGGAUAAUCCCAUAAAAACACUCCAGUGGACGAUUACCUCAAAUAUAAACGUCAUUUCGGUUAUUCAAAACCGUGUUUUAUUGAAUUAUAUUAAAUUGACUUUAAAAAAAAAUGCGUGCCACUUACCCGGCACAUACAUACCCGUGUUAGUAAACGCUGAAAUGAUCCUACAAUUCAAACCAAUCGCAGGAGCGACUGCUGUGCCUCUUUACUUCACAGACUGAAGGAGCAAAUUGAGAAGAAAUUUGAAUUUAACAGAAGAUGGCAAAGAAACUGGUGAUCAUCGACACGGACUGCGGCAUAGACGACGCCCAGGCUAUCAUGAUGGCCCUAGCUGCACCUAACAUUCAGGUCCUGGGCGUUACCUGCGUGUUUGGGAACGCAGCAGUCGAGAAUGUGUGUCAGAAUGUUUUGAGGGUGCUCUCCAUCUGUGAGCGUGAGGAGAUCCCGGUGUUUCGAGGUUCUGGUUGUCCUCUGGUUGGAGACCGUAAGUCGAGUAGUGACCACUUUGGAAGUGAUGGACUUGGAGACGUGAUUGAAGACAAAGAUCCACAGUGGGAGGAGAAAAUCCAUAGAGAGCAUGCAGUCAAUGCAAUGCUUAGACUGGUGUCUGAAAACCAGAACCAGGUCUCCUUGGUGGCCCUCGGCCCACUCACUAAUCUGGCGCUGGCUGUCAGACUGGAUCCAUGUUUUCCCCAAAAGCUCAAAGCUCUGUACAUUAUGGGUGGCAACAUGGAAGGAAAGGGGAAUGUGACACUAUGUGCAGAGUUUAACUUUGCAAUGGACCCAGAGUCUGCCUAUAUUGUUCUUGAAGAGUUUCUCUGCCCUACAUACCUCGCAUCGUGGGAAUACGCGUGCAGAAACGCACUGACAUGGGAGUUCUUUGAAGAGUUGAUCAAUCGGGACGCACCUGCUGCACGCUUUAUGAAGAUGAUAACAUCUAAAUGCUGGGCCUACUCCAAAGAGGCUAUGAUGACUAAGAGAGACGUGUACUUUGGAGCUGGCUUUGUCUCUUAUGACGCCUAUGCAAUGGCAGCCUGCAUUGACAGCAGUGUAGUAACAGAGUGCAUUGAGUGUCCCGUUCGUGUGGAGCUGCAGGGUUCCAUCACUCGCGGCAUGAUGGCACUCGAUCGCACAGAUAAAUUGAAGAAGAACCACAAUGUAUUUGUUAUGUCUAAAUGUGAUGUUGCGAAGUUUAGUCAGCUACUAAUGGAGUCUCUUAGAAAACCAUGUAGUAAGUAAUCUUUGGUGCCUUCAUGGAACAUAGAUAUAUUGCUAGAAUAAACAUGAGAAAUAGUAGGAAAAACCUGAAUAGAUGAGAAACAUACAAAUUUAGAUGCUUCCAGACAGGGCACAAGGGGUCACUGAAUGGUUUUGAUGAGUAUGAAAAUGAUGUUAAUCGUAUACUAUGACCUUCGCAAUCACCUGAUGUCAGUUCAGUUGAACACCUAUGGUAGAUUUUGGAGCAAAAUGUUAGAAAGCGCUCUCCACCACCAUCAUUAAAGAAACAAAUGAGGGAAUAUCUCUUGGGAGAACGGGGUUCCAUCCCUCCAGUGGCGACUCCACAGACUUGGAGAAUCCAGGCCAAGGAGCACUGAAGCUGUUCUAAAUGUUUGUUUUUUUCCUUUCUGCAAUUUGUCACCAAUCUGUAAGGGUGUAGAUGCAACUCAGGAAAAAAAUAAAAGCUAAUUUCCUUCCCCGAAUCAGAAUGUUUCAAUAUCGAUAAAUAGAAUAACUUGAAAAAUCAGGUGUUUGGCUAAAUUCUGUUAUUUAAACUUGCUGACAAAUGGAGGCUAUACUACUAUGUAAUACAAACCUCAAACUGAAGUGUUCUUGGACCAAUUUAUUCUCACACAAGGCUUUGAUAAAUCUGUCUUGUCUUUCCUUGGUUCUCUUGGUUCUCUUGGUUCUCGGUCUUUAUGACAUCUAUUAUCGAAUAUCUGAAACUGGCACAUGUAGUGCUGGACAUCCAACCCAUUUUCAAGGACAGAUCCCUUUCUGGAGGAGCAAACUCUCUCUCAUGAUCUGAACUUCUGCUCCGGGACUGGGCAACUUAACAACAACAUAGCCAACAGAGAGUGACGCCCAUCUUUCCAUCCUCCCAACUACUGUUGAAUGUGAAAUUGCCAUUAGUUUGCCUGAAAAAUUAGUAAAAACUGCACAGGUUACUGAGCUUCAUAAAUUUCCUAAACUGGACUGAUUACUUAAAAAGGUGUACUGCAUUAGUGUAGCAUUACUGUUGAAAUAUGGAAGAUUUAAAAAGUUUUUCUUGUAUGAGCUGGUGGUUGCUGACAUAAAAAAAUAAUAAAAACGAAAAAUAUUUUUCAUUAACUAGAAUAAAUGUUUUUUAAAGUUUUCGAUAAAUUGAAAAUGUUCUGUUAGCUUCGGUAGACCACAGGAAUCUGUGUAUUCUGUAUUAUUCCAAAUGUUUUAAGAGAAGCAAGGAACUCUGAAUCUGUAUACAUCUCACCAGCAGAAGAAGCAGCGAGGAUGAACGUCUGUUAGACCCCGCUGUGUGUAAUUGAGCACUGUACCUCUCUCAAAUUGAAGGCUGCAUAAGGAGAGAGUGCAUCAUUCAGAACCCAUUCAUUAUAGACUGGCCAAAUUGCCUUAAAGGUUGUAUUUUGAUGGACAUUUUUGGUCUAGGCUACAUAAAAAUUCAAUGGCAAGGCGAAAGGAAGAACUAAACAUACAAGCCCAACCCUUGAGUUGCCGGGUUAAGAGAGUUGCUGCCCUCUGUGAGUGGAAUGAGUCUGUAGUGUGCAACAGACCAGACUGAUAAAACCCAAGCUAAACCCCAUCUGGUAAAACCUUGGCUGACGCCAAGGACCCAAACUUCCACCCGGACCCAACUCCCAAGAGGUCAUCAACAGUCAUCAGCUCAUUCUGAGAGAAAACCUCCCUGCAAAACAGUCGUCCAGAGUGCAACCGUGAGACCACACCAGGCGGCAAGGGUCAAUGUCAACCUUCUGGUACAGGUCGACUCGUCUGAUCCCUCUUGAUAACUAUUUGAUCCAUGUCAGUAGCUCAUUUAGUGACCACUAUGAUGUGACUGAAGACAAGAAUCCACAGUAGGAAGAGAAAAUCCAGAGAGAGCAGGCAGUCAAUGAAAUGACGUGACUGGUGUCUGAAAACCAUUUCUGUUAUGUGUCUCUGCCCUCUGGUGCUGUGCUACCGAGUUUUACUUUCUACAGGUCUUUCUGCUCCUAAUCCAUAUUCUUCCUUCACUGGGUGUGUUGGCAACGCUGUUAGCCGAAUAAAUAUA